AUGCGGCCUCCGGAGAUGUCAUAUAGUCCUGCCUACCACAAGGCUCAGGCUCAGGUCCCCAUCAGCACAGAACGCCCUUUGAUCGUCCCUCGCACUCGUCGGUCUCCAGAUCUUCCCAAUUCUAGCCACUCCGGCCUGCCUCGCCCAUCUAACGAUUGGGGUCACAGCGUUAGGCCCCAUACCAGCCCCAGCCUACAAGGAUCUCAUGCCUAUUCCCUGGAAGCCUCCCGGCGCCAGUCUCGAGUUGAGGACGACAUACCUGUGACCCGUAUUGUUGUGAGCGGCGCUGGUCUUUCACACCAAGAAAAGCCCUCUCGCAGCAGCUGGGCUGACCAGCCGUCAUUAAUGUCGGCCUCAAAUUCUGGUACUCCUCGUACGCAUAAUCGAGGUGUCCCCGAUGCAGCAUCCAGGGACAAAGGUCAAGAUGCGCUUCUUAUGCUGUUCCGCCUAUCCAUACCUGUCCCUGUAUAUGCAUUCGUCGCCUGUCUCUACACCUUCGGCGCUCUCAUUUUCGCCAUACUCUCAACUCCUCUCCGUCUCUGUUCAAUAUCACCUUAUCUUCGCAAUACUUCAUUCAAAUCCCAAAUAUGUGACCUCCUGUCACCAGCUCUUCACACCCACGAGCGCCUCGUGUGCAUGCGGAAAUCAAAAAUAGACCGUUCCUCAUCCUCUCAAUGGAUUCACUCGGAUGACGCCGAAGAGAAUGCGAUCGCUCCCGAUUCUAGCAGGUAUUACUCUGUUGGGACUUUGAUUGCCGUCCUCGUAUUCUCCCCCUUUUUCAGCCUCGCUCUGCUCCUCUUCGCUUGGACAGCGGCCUUCUUCUGGGUAUUCACCAAGGUUAUGGGAAAUCCAGAUGGAACAGAGCGCAAAGAUGAUGGUCGUGCAGCCGUUUUGGGUGUCUGCAAAUGGUGGCAGAAGUGGCUAGGCAAAGCCCGGAAACUUUGA